GAUCCUGAACAAGAUCCUGGAUGGUUACCAGGAGGAUGUGCUGCCCUGGCAUGAGUGUGUGGAGCCCUGUGUGUCCUCCCUGAGCACCCACAGCAGCGACCGGGAGGUGCUGCAGGAGGUCGUUGGCUUCCUGCACCGCCUGGCCACCACCAGCAAGGACUGUGCCGUGGUGAUGUGCUGUGUGGGCACCCGCGAGGCUCUGUCCAAAGCCCUGAACAAGCACAGCACGGCCCCGCCGCUGGCGCCAGCCCUGCUCGCCCUGGUGGGUGACUGCGAGAAGCACGCUGACAUCUCCCAGAAGCUGAUGACCGGCAUCUUGGCUGGCUGCAUCCAGCUGGUCCUGGGGCAGAUCGAGGAGCAUCGCCGGAGCCACCAGCCCAUCAGCAUCCCCUUGUUUGAUGUCUUUCUGCACAACCUGUGCCGAGGCUCCAGCAUGGAGGUGAAGGAGGAGAAAUGCUGGGAGAAGGUGGAGGUCUCUUCCAGCCCCCACAGGGCCAGCAAGCUCACGGACAGGAAUCCCAUGACCUACUGGGAAUCAAAUGGCAGCCCCGGUUCCCACUUCAUCACUGUCCACAUGCAGUGUGGUGUGGUGGUCAGGGAGAUGAGCAUGCUGGUGGCCAGCGAGGACUCCAGCUACAUGCCGGCCCGUGUUGUGGUGCUGGGCGGAGACAGCCCUGCCACCGUCAGAACCGAGCUCAAUGCGGUGACCAUCCUGCCCUCAGACAGCAGAGUGAUCCUGCUGGAGAACAUGAGCCGCUUCUGGCCUGUCAUCCAGAUCCGGGUGAAACGGUGCCAGCAG